AUCUGUAACUUAAAGUUAACACACACACACACACACACACACAAACACAAACACCAACACCCUCGUAAGUAGACUUGUGCUGUGGUUUCUGUGGUGAUCAUCAUCUAGCUGCCACAGCCAGUUAACUCACAACCCGGAAAACAAACUGAUGCAUUUGUGUUGUGCAAGACAGACAGACACACAGGCAUACAUUGAUACACUGACACACAACGGUUUAGUUUUAGAUAAGAGCUGUUGGCUAUGGUUUACUGUCAUUGUGUAAGCUUUUAGAGGAUCUGAUACUGUACUUACCUGUGUGUGGUGUUUGGACUAAUUAGUGACGUUUUAAAGUACCAGGCUGCCUUCCCCAUAUCAGUGCCCCCUUCUAUGGCUGCUGAUGACUACAACCCUGUCUCCCUCCGACACAAAUCCAAGAAGAAGACCCAAGGAGGCAAUGGUACAAUGAGCAGAAGACGAAUAUCGGUCAAAGAGCUGGGUCAACCAGACCACCAGGGCUGGCUGUACAGAAAGAAAGAGAGCAAAGGCUUCCUGGGUAUCAAAUGGAAGAAGUACUGGUUUGUGCUGAAGAAGACGGCUCUCUACUGGUACCACAACCAGCUGGCAGAAAAGGCUGAAGGCUACAUUGACCUUGCCAACUUCAUGAUCGACAGAGCCAUAGAGUGCAAGAAGAAACAUGCGUUCAAAGCGUGCCACCCACACGUCAUGAUGUUUUAUUUUGCCGCUGAGAGCCACGAGGAGAUGAACUUAUGGUUGAAUAAGCUUGGGCUAGCCGCCAUUCACUAUGAGCCAACAGAACGAAACGCUGCCGUCGAGUGUUAUAGUGAAGCCAGUGACCAUGAAGAAGCUGAAAGCACAGAGAUUCCCCCUCCACCAUACUCUGAACAAACCCUGCGGGACUCCGUGGAUGCGUCCGGUCCACCUGGAAGCACACAUCAGGGUACCCUUCCUCCCCCCUACUCCUCCGCGGUCCCCAGCGAAGCCAACGGUUCGCUCUCGUCUCCCGUCAGCACGAUGACGUCACAGAGCUCCACCUCCUCGCUCGCCAAGCACCGGCAGUCCUGGUUGGACCUGGUCUCGCAGGCAUCCCCUCCCACUGGGGAAACGGCAGUGGUGUGCUCAGCUCAAGUACACUCACAUCGACCUCCGCAGGAGGAAACGGAAGAAGAGGACGACCUCCAGGCGUCGGAGAGCUCGCCUCGCCCGGACCCUCGGGAAGCGGGAUCCAGUGAGGAAAGCCCUGCUGCGGAGGGGGAGUCACAGGAGGUUGUUUCAGGUGCUGAAAAUGAAGGGGGUCAUGGGAACAGUUCAGAUGAGAUGGAGAAGCUGUAUAUUCGUCUAAAAGAGGCCAGCCUCUCGCCAAUAGGAGAUCGUAAACCAUCCACGAAAAGGGAAUUUAGGGCCUCCUUCAUAAAACGCUGUAAAAACAACACUGUCAAUGAUAAAUUGCACCUUAUCAGGACUCUCAACAGCACAUUAAAGUCAAAAGAGGCAGACCUACAGGCAAUAGAGCAGGUGUUGUCGGUCCCGGGGCUUACCUCAGGCAAGUUCAGAGAGUGGAAGGAGGCCAAUGUACCAUUGGUGCAGGAGAUCUGUGUUAAACAGGACCAGCAGGUGGCAUCAAAGGCCACAAAAGCUGCAGCAUCAGUCAUUGCUGCUCCAGUGGUCGAGACCAGUUUAUAAAGACUCCUCAUGACUGGUGUCCGGACUUGGAGGACUUUCACAUUGACGUACUUUGGACACACCCACUGCUGUUUUCAAUUGAGACUACUGUUCCAUAUCAGCUAUUCAACAAGUAACUGGAUGAAUGAAGAAGAGUGUUUCUUAGUUCCUAAAUGGAGAUGAUGCAGACAUUAUAUGAUUAGCAGGUCACAUUAAAAUGUGAAAUGUGUUUUAGUAUUACUUUUACAGUUUGUUUUCUAAGAUCACAUUUUACAAAUGAUUGUUCUAUGUUGUAAUUUUAUAAAUAUAUGCAUAAAUUGUUUUAAUAUUUGGAAUGA